GUGACAAAACACAAGUCAACCAAAAUAAAACUAAACAUGUAAGGUGAAAUCUAACCCUGAUUUUUGAGCUCAUACAAUUCUAACUCCUCUCGUUAAAUAUAUGAUUUUAGAGGCACUAUAACAUGUUCAUAGAUCAAGUUGCUCUAUCCUAGCUUUGUUUUCACUUGAUAAAACAAGUCCAUGGGUGAAUUUUGAUCAUACAUAUGGCUAAUUACUUCAGAAACUUACUGUAAAACCAUGGCUUUACCACCACCACCACCAUAUAUUAUCUACUUCUUUCUUCUUUUCAUUAUGCUGAUAUGCUCCUCCACUGCCCAAACUCAAAGAAACAUAUCAUUAGGCUCACCUCUUACCGCAGCUAAAAAUGGCUUGUUUUGGGAAUCACCAUCUGGUGAUUUUGCUUUUGGUUUCCAGCAAAUUGGAAAAGGUGGCUUCCUACUAGCCAUCUGGUUCAAUAAAAUACCAGAGAGAACUAUUGUCUGGUCAGCCAAUAGAGAAAAUCUUGUGCAAGAAGGAUCGAAAGUUGAGUUGACAAAACUUGGGCUUGUCCUUGAGGACUCCAAAGGCAAUCAGAUUUGGGCUUCUGGUAUUUCAGGAAUUGAUGUUGCAUAUGGGGCCAUGCUUGACACAGGAAAUCUUGUCUUGGCAAACAACAACUCUGCCAAUUUGUGGGAGAGUUUUAAUAAACCAACAGACACAUUGUUGGUGGGGCAAACUUUGAGUCAAAACAUGAAGCUUGUUGCUCGUUAUUCGGAAACAAAUUAUUCAAGUGGAAGAUACCAUUUUAUACUACAAUCAGAUGGAAAUCUAGUACUUUACACAAGAACUUUUCCACUUGACACCCCCAAUUUUCCUUAUUGGGAAAGCAGCACUCAGAACAGUGGCUUUCAACUUAUCUUCAAUCAAUCAGAAAGCAGCACUCAGAACAGUGGCUUUCAACUUAUCUUCAAUCAAUCAGGCUAUAUAUACCUUGAAGCGAAGAAUGGUACCAUACUAGACAUGUUAACAUCAAACAAUAAUGCAGCACAAGAUUUCUACCAAAGGGCUAUUCUUGAAUACGAUGGUGUUCUUAGGCAAUAUGUGUACCCGAAGAAGAAUGAUCGAAGUUCUAGUGGGUGGAAUAUGACAUGGACUCAAUCAUCAACCUCCAUACCUUCCAAUAUAUGCUUGGCAAUUCGAGAAGGAAGAGGAAGUGGAGCUUGUGGGUACAACAGCUACUGUGUGCUAGGAAAUGAUCAGAGACCAAGUUGCCACUGCCCAAAUAGUUACACUUUCAUUGAUCCAAGUGAUAAGAUGAAAGGCUGCAAACAGGCCUUUGAAGCUCAAAGUUGUGAUGAAGAUUCAAGAGAUGCUGAUGAUUUUGAUUUUAUUAGCAUGGAAAACACAGACUGGCCUGAGACUGAUUACGAGAAAUUUCAAAUGGUGAACGAGGACUUUUGCAGGAGGGCUUGCCUUGGUGAUUGUUUUUGUGUUCUUGUUUUUUUCAGAGAUGGUCGAUGUUGGAAGAAGGGACACCCUCUCUCAAAUGGGAGGGUAGACCCGAGUUUGGGUGGGAAAGCUCUAAUUAAAAUAAGAAUAAACAAUUCUACUUUAAAAACAGGAGGCACAAAUUCAAAAAAGAAAGAUCAAUCUACACUGGUACUUGUUGGAUCAGUACUUUUAAGCAGCUCAGUAUUUAUGAAUGUCCUACUUGCAGCAGCCAUUUUUGUUCUUUUUCGCUUUCGUCAAAAAUCAAAGGUGAUUAAGCAAAAUCAAUUCUUACCAGACAUGAAUUUGCAGACUUUCACUUAUGCAAAACUAGAAAAGGCCACCAAUGGUUUCAAGGAGCUACUAGGAAGGGGAUCUUUUGCUGGUGUCUUCAAAGGGGUUCUAUCAUUUGAUAAUUGCGAAUGUUUGGUUGCUGUCAAGAAGUUGGAGCACAUGGUGAAAGAAAAUGAGCAAGAAUUCAAGGCAGAAGUAAUUACUAUUGGUUGUACAAAUCAUAAAAAUUUGGUACGGCUGAUUGGGUUUUGUAAUGAGGGGAUGCACCGGCUUCUUAUCUACGAAUAUAUGAGCAAUGGAUCACUAGCAAGCUUCCUUUUUGGACAAUUAAAGCCAAAGUGGCACCAAAGAAUGCAUAUUGCAUUGGGGAUUGCAAGGGGGCUAUUUUACUUGCAUGAAGAAUGCAGCACCCAAAUACUACAUUGUGAUAUCAAGCCUCAAAACAUCUUACUGGAUGACUCCUACACAGCAAGAAUUUCUGAUUUUGGACUAGCCAAGAUUUUGAAGCCAGACCAGACUAGAACCACUACUGGAAUAAGAGGAACCAAAGGAUAUGUAGCUCCUGAAUGGUUUAGAAACAUGCCUGUCACAGUCAAGGUGGAUGUAUACAGCUAUGGGAUUUUGUUGUUAGAGCUCAUUUGCUGCAGAAAGAAUGUUGAAGAAGAUGUAAAGGAUGAUGCCCAAAUAAUAUUGGCUGAUUGGGCAUAUGAUUGCUAUGCAGAUGGGAAACUUGAUUUUCUGGUUGAGAAUGAUGAUGAAGCAUCACAAGACAUGGAGAAGUAUGUGAUGGUUGCAUUAUGGUGUAUCCAAGAGGAUCCACUACUGAGACCCACAAUGAAGAAGGUUACGCUCAUGCUUGAAGGAACUAUUGAAGUCUCAGUUCCUCCAGACCCAACCUCAUUUAUCAGCUCAAUAUAGAUCCACAUCUGUAUGAAAUAGUUCGUGUACUUCACAUAGUAUAGUGUGUUAGUUUCAACAAAUUAUGUAUGUGAUGUAGAUUUUCACCUCUAUAGUUAUAGGUCCAUCCCCCAUAAAUAUUUGAAAUCAAUAACAAAUGCUAGAACUUUGUUAUGCAAUCAGUCGAGACUUGAUGGUGUAUAUAUUUUUAAAGAGCCUGAAAUGUUGGGAAAAUAUACCCAAUAGAGUAGAAGAUGUAUCUAUCAAACACUUGGUGUGCAAGAGUAAACAGUGCUUGUAUAUCAAAGUCUUUCUUUUGUAGGUUCUCAAUAUCCAAAUACAAAAGCAAACUCAAAACACCCAGAAGUUAAAUUUAUCACCACAGACAAAGGAACUGAAAUCAUAAUCUGUAAAAGUUCAAGCAGUCGUACGUUUUUCUC